GGACAAGUUUCAAUGGGUCUUAGCGGAAAAACUAAUUUUGAUAUUAAAUCGCAAACUUAUGUUAGAUUAGAAGGAGGGGUUUUAUCAAAUCCGAUUUUAUCAAGCUACAUCACCGGUUUUACAAGAGCUUUAAUAGGAGAAUGUUUACAUAAUAUAGAAAUAUUGGGAGGUAGAGUAGUUUCGGUUACGACAGACGGUUUUAUUUCAGAUGUCAAAGACCUUGAAAGUAAAUUAUUAAGUUUAAAUAAGCGUAAUCUAAACUGUCUUUAUUUAUACAGAGGGAUAAGAGGAAUAUUAACUAAUAUCGAAGGACAAGAAACUGAUGUACGAGGACUGGAAAUUAAAAACGAAGAAUUAACCGGUUUAAUAUCAUGGAAAACUAGGGGGCAAUUAGGGUUUACUGACGGAGGAAUAUCAGCAGCUACCGGUUUUCAAGCAAGGUUUUUAGAAAAAGCUUUCUUAAUAAAAGAGUUUAGCCGUAUAAUGAACGAUAAGAAUAUUUCUAACGAUUUCGAUUUUAUCCAAACUAGUUUAAGAAGUGCUAAAGAUGUUUAUAAAUAUGGACACAAUGUAAUUAUAAAAUACAAAGAUCGUAGAUUUAGUUUAGAUUUUGAUAACAAACGUUGUAUUUUAGAAGAUUCUAAAGAAUCAAACUUUAAAGACACGAGACCAUGAACAGACGUGGAAUCUUAUAGAAAAAUAAGAUUGUUGAACGAAACUGUGAAUACUCCGGUAUUUGUCAAGAAUAGUUUUAAUAAACUGCCUUCAAAAACAUAUAAAACAAAUAUCGAAACAGCUAUCAGAAAUUUUGUAAAAGCUAGUUUUGCUCUGAC